AUGGGGGCCCCGCUGCGGGCGCCCGGGGCCUCGGGCCACGGCCCCCAGAGGCGGCUGCCUCGGCCUCCUCCUCCUUUCUGUCCUCCCCCCCCGGGUCCCGGCGCUGGCGCUGGUGCCGGCCCGGGGGGAGGGGGCCGCCGGGGGCCGCGGGCGCGCACGGGGGCUGCAGGCCCGGGGAGGGGGGAGACAGGAGGGGCGGGGGGGGAGGAAGAGGGAGGGGGGCGACAGACGGACCUGGGGAGGGGGAGGAGGAAGGAAGGAAGGAGGGAAGGAAGGACCGAGCGAGCGAGGGAGCGAGCGAGCGAGCGAUCGGCCGGCCCCGCGGAGCUGGCCUGGGCUCCGGCUCCGGCUCCGGCUCCGGCUCCGGCUCCGGCUCCGGGCUCCGGCUCCGGCACCGCUGCGGAGUCACUGCGCAGUGCCCAGACCAAGCCCGCCCCUGGGCCCGCCCUGGCCGGGACAGUGCCCGCCCUUGAGCCCACCCCUGGGCCCGCCUCUCCUGCUGCCCUCGAGCGCAGGACGCAGGCUGCAGCACCCCCCGGGGCCCGGCCGGGUGGGGCGGCGCUCCCCCUCCGCAAGGAUAGCCGGCGCUUCCCGGUGACACGGACCCCUCCCCAACUCGGCCACAGCACUGGAGGGGAGGAGAAGUUGAGCCAGCUGGGAGGGCUGCCCAGACCCUCCUCCGUCGCACCGGCGACCCUCGGGAAGUUGGGAUCGGCUCCGAUCUUCCCAGCCCUUGGCCUCCUCAAGGGCCCCGUUCGACUCAGGCUUCUCUGGUGCCGAAGCUCUCCCAGGCUUCCCGGCGCCCACGCGCUCUCCCAGGCUUGGGGGGGGGGGGGGGCAGACUUUGCAGCCUGGGGCAACUGGAUUGAAAACAGAAAUAAAACAACCACUCGGAGCGGCUCCCUCCCCCACCUGGCCUUUGCUCAGACCCGGGAAAGUUAUUCCAAGAUGGGCCACCGAACACUAGCCAGGCCCCUCCAAACUGCCAAGUGCUGGGUGGAGACACACAAUGGAGUGCACCAUUGGGAGGCCUGGCCUGGGAGUUCAGAGCCUUUGGCUGUGGGACCUUGGUCAAUGAGUCAAGAAACAUUUCUUGCCACCUACUACACGCCAGGCACUGUGGUGAUAACAAAUACAAACAAAGACAAUCCCAGCCCUCAAGAGGCUUACGAUGUAUGGGAGGCGGACAAAAUUCAAAAGAAAGCUGAAGGGAUGGGAGAAGGACCCAAGAAUCUAAGACUGGCAGAGAACUGAAAGAGGACUUAACCAAUCACCUUGUAGUGUCGAACUCGACCGGAACCAAGGCCCAUUAAACUGCGCCAACGGAUCCCUGGGGGCUGCACGGUGACUUAGAAAAUCACACAGUAACAUUAUCUCUGUUCAAUUGUAUUUUUUUAUUUUGUUAAAUAAUUCCCAAUUACACUGUAACCUGGUUUGUCAGUU